AUGCUUAAGUCAGCAAACUCACCGAGACCCGCUUCAUGGAUACUUGAAAAAUCACUUGACGGCUUCACUUACGAACCCUGGCAAUAUUUCGGCCUGAGUGAUGCAGACUGUCAGCGACGUUACGGCCUAGCCGGACAAAAUGGCAAAUACGUUUUCGAAAAUGAUACUGAAGUCAUUUGCACCACACAAUUCUCAAAAGCACUACCACUAGAAAACGGUGAAUUACACGUCUCCUUACUGAAGAAUCGCCCUGGUGCCAUGGAUCAAUCAGAAGAGCUAAUGAACUUCAUAACGGCGCGUUACAUACGCAUCCGCUUGCAGGGUAUGCACACAACAGCAAAUCUGGACAACAGCGUGGAUUGGCUACUGGAUGCGCAAUCACUUGAGAAACGUUCCUUCUACUCACUAAAGCAGAUACGCGUAAGUGCGCGCCUCGAUUGCCACGGCCAUGCCGAUAAGACCGUCGAGUUGGCGGAGAAGCGCGCCGACGAGGUGGAGUACGCGCAACUCGCAUCAUCGCUGCAAUGCGUCUGUCAGCACAAUACCUGCGGUGCGGAUUGCGGCGAAUGUUGUGCACUUUAUCAGGACAAGCCAUUCCGUAAUGGCACAACGCGUGAGGCGAACGAUUGUGAGCUGUGUCAGUGCAAUGGCCAUGCGGAAUCGUGCAUUUACGAUGCAUUUCUAGAGCGCGGUAUCUGCCAACAAUGUCAGAACAAUACCGCCGGCAAUGAGUGUGAGUUCUGUGUUAGCAGUCACUAUCGCGCGCACAAUGAAACGCUCACCACACCCUGCCAACGAUGCGAAUGCGGCGAACGUGGCGCAACGGGCACUUGUGAUCCAGAGAGUGGUGACUGCCAUUGCCGCGAAGGAUUUCAAGGCGCGCGCUGUGACGAAUGCAGCAGCGGUUAUUAUGGCGAAGAGUGCCGUAGAUGCGAGUGUGAUGUGCGUGGCACAAUACCGGACACGGAAUGCGCGGGUGUAUGUAAAUGUAAGGCGCAUGUGGCUGGCGACACCUGCAGCGAAUGCUUGCCGGGCUAUUAUGACCUUAACGCCGAGCAACCAGAUGGUUGCGCGCCCUGCUGGUGUUCCGGUGUGGGGUUGUCGUGCAGUAGCGCAGUACUGCAAACACUCGCUUUCGAGACAUUGAACGAUUGGAAGGUGACGGACAUGACGCGCUCCCAAGUGGCUAUGCCAACAGUGGAUACCAAUACGAACUACCUGGUUUAUGGCAUGUACGAUCUGAACGAGGUGGAAGCCAUUUACUGGCAGGCGCCGCAAGGCUAUCUUGGCAAUCGCCUGACAAGCUAUAGCGCACGGCUCACUAUACAAGUCAGCUGGGUAACAAUACGUGGCGACACAUCUGGCAAACCCACAGCUGGACCAGAUGUGAUACUAUUUGGACGGAAUGGCUUGAAAAUUGCUUAUGGCGAUACAACAUAUACGCACGGCUCAACGGCCACCAUUAACAUUACGCUUGACGAAACGGAUUGGUAUCAUGUGCCGUCAGCAGUGCGCGAUAUUAAGACGCGUCUGCGCCGCACCGAAUAUCAUGGCUCGGCGGUGACGCGCGCCCAGCUGCUCUCUGUUCUAUCGGCGCUAGAUGCGUUGCUCGUACGCGGCACUUAUCAUACGGAUCAAGUGGAAACCGCGCUGGAGCGUGUAAUCAUCUACUCGGGUGGCACGGAGUUGGGCGCGGUGAAGGCGAGCACACGUGUUGAGCAAUGCGCUUGUCCGCCGGGUUACACGGGACUCUCCUGCGAGAGCUGUGAUUUCGGCUUUAUACGUAUCUGGGAGAAUGCGACAGAUCAUCAGUUGGUGGCCAAAUGUAUUCCCUGCCCAUGCAAUGGGCAUUCGAACUCGUGCGACUUGCAGAGCGGCGGCUGUGGCAACUGUAUGCAUAACACCUAUGGCGAGCGUUGUGAGCGCUGCAAAGUUGGCUAUUACGGCAACCCACUGCAAGGCACCGAACACGAUUGCAAACGCUGUGCCUGCCCUCUGUUGGUCGAUAGCAACAACUUUUCGCCCAGUUGUCAGCUCAAAACGUACAGUAUCAUGGAUCUGAACCCAUUGUAUGGUGUGGUGGAAAAUUCCGAGUACAUUUGCACGCAAUGCCCGCACGGCUACACUGGUGACCAUUGUGAAAUGUGCGACGACGGCUUCUUUGGCAAUCCAACAGUGCAGGGCUCACACUGUCGUCCGUGCAAUUGCGAUGGUGGACCGUGUGAUGUGUUCACCGGGCAGUGCAUCAUCUGCGACGGCAACACGGAGGGCUGGCGUUGUGAGCGCUGCAAGCUCGGCUACUGGGGUGACCCCUCUAUGGGUUGUGAACUUUGUGAUUGCUACACAGAUGGCUCGGAUAGUGACUUUUGUGACAGCACCAAUGGCCAGUGUUUGUGUAAACCGCGUUUCGCCGGUCAAAAGUGUGACGAAUGUGAUGCGGGUUACGCGAAUGUCGAUUUGAAGUGUUUGCCGUGCAAUUGCAAUCCUCUCGGCGCUGAGGAUGUAGACUAUUGUGAUCCGGAUAGUGGACAGUGUGAGUGUAAACGAGGUGUAACGGGCCUGCAGUGUGAUGAAUGCUCAGAAGGACAUUUUGGACUCAAAAAUGAAUCCGAUGGUUGUGAGGGUGAGUGA